AUGGCGCACAGCUGUCGGUGGCGCUUCCCCGCCCGGCCCGGGACCACCGGGGGCGGCGGCGGCGGGGGGCGCCGGGGCCUAGGGGGCGCCCCGCGGCAACGCGUCCCGGCCCUGCUGCUUCCCCCCGGCCCCCCGGUCGGCGGCGGCGGCCCCGGGGCGCCCCCCUCCCCCCCGGCGGCGGCGGCGGCCGCGGCGGCCGCGGCGGCGGCGGCGGCGGCGGCGGCGGCGGCGGGAAGCAGCGGGGCCGGGGUGCCGGGGGGAGCGGCCGCCGCCUCGGCCGCCUCUUCGUCGUCCGCCUCGUCUUCGUCUUCGUCAUCGUCCUCAGCCUCCUCCGGGCCGGCGCUGCUCCGGGUGGGCCCGGGCUUCGACGCGGCGCUGCAGGUCUCGGCCGCCAUCGGCACCAACCUGCGCCGGUUCCGGGCCGUGUUCGGGGAGAGCGGCGGGGGAGGCGGCAGCGGAGAGCUAACAACACAGAUCCCAUGUAGUUGGAGAACCAAAGGCCUCAUACAUGACAAAAAGACUGAACCGUUCAGGUUACUUGCAUGGAGUUGGUGCUUAAAUGAUGAGCAGUUCUUAGGUUUUGGCUCAGAUGAAGAAGUCAGAGUACGAAGCCCCACGAGGUCUCCUUCAGUUAAAUCUAGUCCUCGAAAACCUCGCGGGAGACCCAGAAGCAGCUCUGACCGAAGUUCAGCCCUCCUCUCAGACCCGUCCGUGUUUUCCCCUCUCAGUAAAUCAGAGACCAAAUCCGGAGAGAAAAUCAAGAAGAAAGAUUCCAAAAGUCUAGAAAAGAAGAGAGGAAGACCGCCCACCUUCCCUGGCGUCAAAAUCAAAAUCACACACGGCAAGGACAUUUCAGAGUUACCCAAGGGAAGCAAAGAAGAGAGCCUGAAAAAAAUCAAACGGACACCCUCCGCUACCUUUCAGCAGGCCACAAAGAUUAAAAAACUCAGAGCAGGUAAACUGUCUCCUCUCAAGUCUAAGUUUAAGACAGGGAAGCUCCAAAUAGGAAGGAAGGGGGUCCAGAUUGUCCGCCGGCGAGGCCGGCCGCCGUCGACGGAAAGGAUCAAGACCCCUCCAGGUCUGCUCCUGAACGCGGAGCUGGAAAAGGCCCAGAAGGUCCGCAGGGACAAGGAGGGCAGCCCGCCGCUGCCCCGGGAGGAGAAGACCGUGGUCAGGCAGAGCCCGCGCAGGAUCAAGCCGGUCAGGAUCAUUCCUUCUUCCAAAAGGACAGAUGCCACCAUCGCCAAGCAGCUCCUGCAGAGGGCCAAGAAGGGCGCCCAGAAGAAGAUCGAGAAGGAGGCCGCGCAGCUGCAGGGCAGAAAGGUGAAGACGCAAGUCAAGAACAUCCGGCAGUUCAUCAUGCCCGUGGUCAGCGCCAUCUCCUCGCGCAUCAUCAAGACCCCGCGGCGCUUCAUCGAGGACGAGGAUUAUGACCCACCCAUCAAAAUCGCCCGGCUCGAGUCCACCCCCAACAGCAGAUUCAGCACCACGUCCUGUGGCUCUUCCGAGAAGUCCAGUGCCACUUCCCAGCACUCCUCCCAGAUGUCCUCAGACUCCUCCCGGUCCAGCAGCCCCAGCGUGGACACCUCCAUAGACUCUCAGGCCUCAGAGGAGAUCCAGGGACUGCCUGAAGAGCGGAGCGAGACCCCCGAAGUCCACCCGCCACUGCCGAUUGCCCCGUCCCCCGAGACCGAGGGUAGUGAUAGGAGAAGCCGAAGGUACUCGGUGUCGGAGCGAAGUUUCGGCUCGAGAACGACGAAGAAGCUGUCCGCGCUGCCCAGCGCCCCCCCGCAGCCGACUUCGUCCUCGCCCCCGCCCCCCCUGCUCACCCCGCCGCCGCCGCUGCAGCCGGCCUCCAGCCUCUCGGACCACACGCCGUGGCUCAUGCCUCCGACCAUCCCUUUAGCAUCACCGUUUUUGCCUGCUUCUGCGGCGCCCUUGCCAGGGAAGCGAAAAUCUAUUUUGCGAGAACCGACGUUUAAGUGGACUUCCUUAAAGCAUUCUAGGUCAGAGCCACAGUACUUUUCCUCAGCCAAGUAUGCCAAAGAAGGUCUUAUUCGCAAACCAAUAUUUGAUAACUUCCGCCCCCCUCCGCUCACGCCCGAGGAUGUGGGCUUCGCGCCGGGCUUUGCUCCGUCGGGGACUGCUGCUUCCGCCCGCUUGUUCUCGCCACUCCACUCCGGGACGCGGUUUGAUAUGCACAAACGGAGCCCUCUCCUGAGAGCCCCGAGGUUUACGCCCAGCGAGGCGCACUCCAGAAUCUUUGAGUCUGUCACCUUGCCUGGUAACCGAACUUCUGCUGGAGCAUCUUCGUCAGGAGUGUCCAACAGGAAAAGGAAAAGGAAAGUGUUCAGCCCCAUCCGAUCCGAACCGAGGUCUCCUUCUCACUCCAUGAGGACGCGAAGUGGAAGGCUUAGCACUUCGGAGCUCUCGCCUCUCACCCCGCCGUCUUCCGUCUCUUCCUCCUUAAGCAUUUCUGUUAGUCCUCUUGCCACUAGUGCCUUAAACCCAACUUUUACUUUUCCUUCUCAUUCCCUGAGUCAGUCCGGGGAAUCGACAGACAAAAGCCAGAGAGCCAGGAAGCCCACCAGCGCUCCAGCAGAGCCCUUUUCGGCCAGCGGCCCGUCGCCUCUCUUCCCUUGGUUUACCCCCGGCUCUCAGACUGAACGAGGGAGGAAUAAAGACAAGGCCCCCGAGGAGCUGUCCAAAGACCGCGAUGCCGACAAGGGCGUGGAGAAGGACAAGAGUAGAGAGCGAGACCGGGAGAGAGAGAAGGAGAAUAAGCGGGAGUCGAGGAAGGAGAAAAGGAAAAAGGGAUCAGAGAUUCAGAGUAGCUCUGCUUUGUAUUCUGUGGGUCGGGUUUCCAAAGAGAAGGUCGUGGGGGAAGAUGUGGCCACUUCGUCUUCUGCCAAAAAAGCAACCGGGCGGAAGAAGUCUUCAUCACUUGAUUCUGGGACUGAUAUUGCAUCGGUGACUCUUGGGGAUACGACAGCUGUCAAAACCAAAAUUCUUAUAAAGAAAGGGAGAGGAAAUCUGGAAAAAAACAACCUGGACCUCGGCCCAACUGCCCCAUCCCUGGAGAAGGAGAAAGCCCUCAGCCUUUCCACUCCUUCAUCUAGCACUGUUAAACAUUCCACUUCCUCCAUAGGCUCCAUGUUGGCUCAGGCAGACAAGCUUCCAAUGACUGACAAGAGGGUUGCCAGCCUCCUAAAAAAGGCCAAAGCCCAGCUCUGCAAAAUUGAGAAGAGCAAGAGUCUUAAACAGACUGACCAGCCCAAAGCACAGGGUCAAGAGAGUGAUUCAUCAGAGACCUCUGUGCGAGGACCCCGGAUCAAACAUGUCUGCAGAAGAGCUGCUGUGGCCCUUGGCCGGAAACGAGCCGUGUUCCCUGACGACAUGCCCACCCUGAGUGCCUUACCCUGGGAAGAGCGAGAGAAGAUUCUGUCUUCCAUGGGGAAUGAUGACAAGUCAUCAGUUGCUGGCUCAGAGGAUGCCGAACCUCUUGCUCCCCCAAUCAAACCAAUUAAACCCGUCACCAGAAACAAGGCACCUCAGGAACCUCCCGUGAAGAAGGGGCGGCGCUCCAGGCGGUGUGGCCAGUGUCCUGGCUGCCAGGUGCCUGAGGACUGUGGUGUCUGUACAAACUGCUUAGACAAACCCAAGUUUGGUGGCCGCAACAUAAAGAAGCAGUGCUGCAAGAUGAGGAAAUGUCAGAAUCUACAAUGGAUGCCUUCCAAAGCCUACCUUCAGAAGCAAGCGAAAGCUGUGAAAAAGAAAGAGAAAAAGUCCAAGGCCAGUGAAAAGAAAGAGAGCAAAGAGAGCAGCGGUGCUGUGAAGAACGUGGUGGAGCCUAGUCCGAAACCUCCCCCGACGGCCAGGGAGGACCCUGCCCCAAAGAAAAGCAAUAGCGACCCUCCUCCGCGCAAGGCGGCCGAGGAGAAAGUCGAGGAAAGCAGCGCCCCGGCCCCGCCACCGGAGCCCAAACAGGUGACCACUCCCGCUUCCAGGAAGUCCAGCAAACAGGUGUCGCAGCCUGCGCCCGCGCCCCCCGCACAGCCGGCCAGCACCUCGACGCCCAGGAAGGACACUCCCAAGCCAGCUCCCAGCGAGCCCAAGAAAAAGCAGCCGCCACCCCCUGACCCAGGUCCGGAACAAAGCAAACAGAAAAAAGUGGCUCCACGCCCAAGUAUCCCUGUGAAACAAAAACCAAAAGAAAAGGAAAAACCAUCUCCGAUCAGUAAGCAGGAGAAUGCAGGUACUUUGAACAUCCUCAGUACUCUCUCCAAUGGCAAUAGUUCUAAGCAAAAAAUCCCAGCAGAUGGAGUCCAUAGGAUCAGAGUGGACUUUAAGGAGGAUUGUGAAGCAGAGAACGUGUGGGAGAUGGGAGGCUUAGGAAUUCUGACCUCUGUUCCUAUAACACCCAGGGUGGUUUGCUUCCUCUGUGCCAGUAGCGGGCAUGUGGAGUUUGUGUAUUGCCAAGUCUGUUGUGAGCCCUUCCACAAGUUCUGUUUGGAGGAGAACGAGCGCCCCCUGGAGGACCAGCUGGAGAAUUGGUGUUGUCGCCGCUGCAAGUUCUGUCACGUUUGUGGAAGGCAGCAUCAGGCUACAAAGCAGCUGCUGGAGUGUAAUAAGUGCCGAAACAGCUAUCACCCUGAGUGCCUGGGACCAAAUUACCCCACCAAACCCACCAAGAAAAAGAAAGUUUGGAUCUGUACCAAGUGUGUUCGCUGCAAGAGCUGUGGGGCCACAACACCAGGCAAAGGCUGGGAUGCACAGUGGUCUCAUGACUUCUCCCUGUGCCACGAUUGUGCCAAACUCUUUGCAAAAGGAAACUUCUGUCCUCUGUGCGAUAAAUGCUACGACGAUGAUGACUAUGAGAGCAAGAUGAUGCAAUGUGGGAAGUGUGACCGCUGGGUCCACUCCAAGUGCGAGAAUCUUUCAGAUGAGAUGUACGAGAUUCUGUCUAACCUGCCCGAGAGUGUGGCCUACACUUGUGUGAACUGCACUGAGCGGCACCCUGCCGAGUGGCGGCUGGCCCUGGAGAAGGAGCUGCAGCUCUCCCUGAAGCAAGUCCUGACCGCGCUGUUGAACUCCCGAACCACCAGUCACUUGUUGCGUUACCGACAGGCUGCCAAGCCCCCAGACUUAAACCCUGAAACGGAGGAGAGUAUACCUUCCCGCAGCUCCCCGGAAGGACCCGACCCACCAGUGCUUACCGAAGUCAGCAAGCAGGAAGACCAGCAGCCUUUAGACCUGGAAGGAGUCAAACGGAAAAUGGACCAAGGGAACUACACCUCUGUGUUGGAGUUCAGUGAUGAUAUCGUGAAGAUCAUCCAAGCAGCCAUGAAUUCCGAUGGAGGGCAGCCGGAGGUUAAAAAGGCCAACAGUAUGGUCAAGUCCUUCUUUAUUCGGCAAAUGGAACGUGUUUUUCCAUGGUUCAGUGUCAAAAAGUCCAGAUUUUGGGAGCCAAACAAAGUAUCGAGCAACAGUGGGAUGUUACCAAACGCAGUGCUUCCGCCUUCACUUGACCAUAACUAUGCUCAGUGGCAGGAGCGAGAGGAGAACAGCCACACUGAGCAACCUCCUUUAAUGAAGAAGAUCAUUCCAGCUCCCAAACCUAAAGGGCCUGGAGAACCUGACUCACCCACUCCUCUUCAUCCUCCUACUCCACCGAUUUUGAGUACUGAUAGGAGUCGAGAAGAUAGUCCAGAACUGAACCCACCCCCUGGCAUAGAAGACAACAGACAGUGUGCACUGUGUUUGAUGUAUGGCGACGACAGUGCCAAUGAUGCUGGCCGUUUGCUCUACAUUGGCCAAAAUGAGUGGACACAUGUAAAUUGUGCUUUGUGGUCAGCGGAAGUGUUUGAAGAUGAUGAUGGAUCAUUAAAGAAUGUGCAUAUGGCAGUGAUCAGGGGCAAACAGCUGAGAUGCGAAUUCUGCCAAAAACCAGGAGCCACUGUGGGUUGCUGCCUCACCUCCUGCACCAGCAACUAUCACUUCAUGUGUUCCCGAGCCAAGAACUGCGUCUUUCUGGAUGAUAAAAAAGUAUAUUGUCAGCGGCAUCGGGAUUUGAUCAAAGGCGAGGUGGUUCCCGAGAAUGGAUUUGAAGUUUUCAGAAGGGUGUUUGUGGACUUCGAAGGAAUCAGCUUGAGAAGGAAGUUUCUCAAUGGUUUGGAACCGGAGAAUAUCCACAUGAUGAUCGGCUCCAUGACUAUUGACUGCUUGGGGAUUCUGAACGAUCUCUCGGACUGUGAAGAUAAGCUCUUUCCCAUCGGAUACCAAUGUUCCAGGGUGUACUGGAGCACCACGGAUGCCCGCAAGCGCUGUGUGUACACAUGCAAGAUCGUGGAAUGCCGCCCUCCGGCGCUGGAGCCCGACAUCAACAGCACCGUGGAGCACGACGAGAACAGGACCAUUGCCCAUAGUCCAACGGCGGUGACCGAAAUUUCAUCUAAAGAAAGUCAAAACACAACUGAUAUUAUAAGUCCCCCAUCACCAGACCGACCUCAUUCCCAGACCUCUGGCUCCUACUAUUACCACGUCAUCCCAAAGGCCUCCAGGAUUCGAACCCCCAGUUACUCUCCGACACAGAGAUCCCCUGGCUGUCGGCCUCUGCCGUCUGCAGGAAGCCCUACCCCGACCACGCAUGAAAUCGUCACAGUGGGGGACCCUUUACUGUCCUCCGGCCUCCGAAGCAUUGGCUCCAGGCGUCACAGUACUUCUUCCUUGUCACCCCAGCGGUCUAAACUCCGGAUAAUGUCCCCAAUGAGAACGGGGACUGCACACUCUGUUUCAACCAUCGGGACCACCGCAGAUAUCGAGUCAAGUGCCAAAGCCGUGGAUCAUGCCGCCGGGCCGCUGAAUUCAAGUUCAGGGCCAAACACUUCUGCCUCUUCCAAUCUGCAGAGGACGGUGCUCACUGCGGGCACCAAGGCCAGUCACGCAGAUGGGUCUUCCCCUUCAGACCUGAAGCAUUCCAGUGCUUUCGACCCUGCCCCCAAGAGCUCUUCCUCAAAAGGAGAGAAGACGAAAAUGCCAGCUCCCAAGAGUUUGGAGGGAUCUGUGCAUAACGUGGCUUACCCUGGCAUCCCCAGACUGGCCUCGCACAACUCCUCAGCCGGAGAAGUCAACGUCAGUAGACUCGGCGCGUUUGCUGAACUGUCUUCGGCACCGUUUGCUUCUCGAGAGGCUCUCUCCUUCCCACCGCUCCACUCGAGGGGCCAAAAGAAUGAUCGAGAUCCACAGCCGGACCUGAAUCCGUCCGGGAAAGCCCCUCCCGAUGAAGACGGUGAUGUCAAAGGCUUUAAGCUGUCUGCUGGGAGUAGCCGAGCGUCCCUUGUUGGUGAGCACACGGGCUCCAACUCCAGAGACCGGCGGCUCAAGGGCAAGAAAGCCAGCAAGGAGCCUUUCAAGGAGAAGCACGACAAGCACCUCAUGGCCACUUUCCCGGACCCCGGGUCUGCCGCAGCCAGGGAAGAAGGCAGCCUCAAGCCGCCCAACUUCGCUGACGAGGUCUUGACUCCCGAGUUCAUGGGGCAUCGGCCGUGUAAUAAUAUUUCCUCGGAGAAGGUCGGGGACAAAGCCCUUUCUCUUCCUGGCGCCCCGAAAGCACCAUCCAUGCAAGCAGAAGGCUCUGCCAGAGAGUCACCAACACCCCGGAAGCGGACAGUGAAGGUCACACUGACGCCUCUCAAAAUGGAGAGUGAGGCUCAGUCCAAGAACGCCCUGAAUGAAGGCAGCCCCGUUUCCCCUUUGCAGAUGGAGUCGGCCUCUCCCACCGAAGCAGCGUCAGCCUCGGAAAGUCCGGGAGAGGGUCCGGGGGUCCAGCCCAGCCCCAACAAUACCUCGGCCCAGGACACGCAGAGUAACAGCUACCAGAACGUGCCCGUGCUGCUGCCAGACGGCCCGAAGCCCCAGGAGGAUGGCUCCUUCAAGCGGCGCUACCCCCGCCGCAGCGCCCGGGCCCGCUCCAACAUGUUCUUCGGGCUCACGCCGCUCUACGGAGUCCGCUCCUACGGGGAAGAAGACCUUCCGUUCUACAGCAGCUCCACGGGGAAGAAGCGGGGCAAGAGGUCCGCCGAGGGCCAGGUGGACGGCGCCGAUGACCUGAGCACCUCUGACGAGGACGACUUGUACUACUACAACUUCACCAGGACCGUCAUCGCCUCCGGCACCGAGGAGCGGCUGGCGUCGCACAGCCUGUUUCGGGAGGAGGAGCAGUGCGACCUGCCCAAAAUCUCCCAGCUGGACGGCGUGGACGACGGCACGGAGAGCGACACGAGCGUCACGGCCACCACACGGAAAAGCAGCCAGCUCCCGAAAAGGAACGGGAAAGAGAACGGGACCGAAAGCCUGAAGCUGGACCGCCCCGAGGAGGUGGGCGACAAGGAGCACGCCAUCAAGACUUCCGUGGGCCACAAAGGCGAGCCCAAGAUGGACAACUGCCACCCGGCCAGCAGGGUGAAGGCCCAGGGCCAGGACUCCCUGGAAGCCCAGCUCAGCUCGCUGGAGUCCAGCCGCCGAGUCCACACGAGCACCCCCGCCGACAAAACCCUGCUGGACACCUACAACCCCGAGCUCCUGAAGUCCGACUCCGACAACAACAACAGCGACGACUGCGGGAACAUCCUGCCCUCUGACAUUAUGGACUUCGUCCUCAAGAACACGCCGUCCAUGCAGGCUCUGGGCGAGAGCCCCGAGUCGUCCUCGUCGGAGCUCCUGAACCUCGGCGAAGGCCUGGGUCUGGACAGCAACCGGGAGAAGGACAUGGGCCUCUUCGAGGUCUUCUCUCAGCAGCUGCCGCCCGCGGAGCCCGUGGACAGCAGCGUUUCCUCCUCCAUCUCGGCCGAGGAGCAAUUCGAGCUGCCGCUGGAGCUGCCGUCCGACCUCUCGGUCCUCACCACCCGGAGCCCCACCGUCCCAAGCCAGAACCCCAACAGACUCGCCGUCAUCACAGACUCGGGGGACAAGAGGGUCGCCAUCCCGGAGAAGGCGGUGACUUCCUCGGAAGGGGACGCGGCGCUGCUGAGUCCAGGAGUGGACCCAGGCCCCGAAGGCCACAUGACCCCGGACCAUUUCAUCCCAGGACACAUGGACGCGGAGCACAUCGCCAGCCCCUCAUGUGGGUCGGUGGAGCCGGGUCACGGCGCCAGCCAGGAUUUAACUAGAAACAGUAGCACUCCUGGCCUUCAGGUACCUGUUUCCCCUUCCGUUCCCAUCCAGAACCAGAAAUACGUGCCCAAUUCUACUGAUAGCCCAGGCCCGUCUCAGAUCUCUAACGCGGCUGUCCAGACCACUCCGCCCCACCUGAAGGCAGCCACUGAGAAACUCAUUGUGGUUAACCAGAACAUGCAGCCGCUCUAUGUUCUCCAAACGCUUCCCAACGGAGUCACCCAAAAAAUCCAGUUGACCUCUUCUGUUAGCUCUGCGCCCACUGUGAUGGAGACCAGUCCUUCCGUCCUGGGGCCCAUGGGAAGUGGGCUCACCCUCACCACGGGACUCACUGCCAGCUUGCCGGCCUCUCAGUCUCUGUUCCCUCCUGCUAGCAAAGGAUUGCUCCCCAUGCCUCAUCACCAGCACUUACACUCCUUCCCUGCAGCUACUCAAAGUAGCUUCCCGCCCAGCAUCAGCAGCCCCCCGUCAGGCCUGCUGAUCGGGGUGCAGCCUCCUCCAGACCCCCAGCUCUUGGUUUCCGAAGCCAGCCAGAGGACAGACCUCAGUACCACAGUAGCCACUCCUUCCUCUGGACUCAAGAAAAGACCCAUAUCGCGCCUGCAGAACCGAAAGAAUAAAAAACUCGCUCCCUCUAGCACUCCCCCCAACAUUGCCCCCUCCGAGGUGGUUCCCAACAUGACACUGAUUAACUUCACACCCUCCCAGCUCUCGAAUCAUCCCAAUCUCUUAGACUUGGGCUCACUUAAUACUUCAUCUCACCGCACCGUCCCCAACAUCAUAAAACGGUCUAAAUCUGGCGUCAUGUAUUUUGAACAGGCACCCCUGUUACCCCCGAGUGUGGGAGGAGCAACGGCCCCAGCGGCGGGCGCUUCCACCCUAAGCCAGGAGACCAGCCACCUCACGUCAGGGUCGGUGUCUGGCCUGGCAUCCGGUUCCUCCGUCCUGAAUGUCGUGUCCAUGCAAACUACAACCACCCCUACAAGUAGCACCUCAGUUCCCGGACACGUCUCGUUAGCCAACCCAAGGCUGCUGGGCACCCCUGACAUUGGCUCAAUAAGCAAUCUCCUCAUCAAAGCCAGCCAGCAGAGCCUGGGGAUUCAGGAACAGCCCGUGGCUUUGCCACCGACGUCAGGAAUGUUCCCUCCGCUGGGCACGGCACAGACUCCUAUGACCGCAGCCUCGAGCAUCUGCGUGCUCCCCUCCACCCAGCCGCCGGGCAUUGCCGCGGCGCCCCCUCCUGGAGACACGGAGGAACAACACUACCAGCUGCGGCAUGGCACCCAGCACCUGGCCAGCAAGACGGGGCCGCCGUCCUCCCAGUGCGACCUGGAGUCGGCACCCGGGCCCCACGGUGGAGCCAGCUUCUCCCCGCCGGGGGAUGCUCCGACCAGCCUGGGGCUGGAGCCAAGCAAGGCUCCACCCUCAACUAUGCACACCAGCUCAGCCUCGCCCGGGGGCUCGCCGCCCCCCUCCGGGCAGCAGUCGGCAAGCCCCCCGGCGCCAGGGCCCACGAAACCCAAACCAAAAAUCAAACGGUUGCAGCUGCCUUUGGACAAAGGGAACGGCAAGAAGCACAAAGUCGCCCACGCGCGGCCCCCCUCUGCUGAAGCUCACAUUCCGGACCGAGACCCCGGCCCGACGGCCGAGGCCUCAGGCGCAGGGACUCCCGCGGCUGGGACCGAGGCUGAGCACCAGGACCCAGCAAGUGCAGAGCAGGCACCACCCACAGCCAGCGUGCAGCCUGCGGGGCAAGUGGCUGUUCUGCCUGAGACUCAGUCCACACAGAAUCCAGCAAGUGGACCGGAGAGUGCAGAGCCGAAACCUGUGGAGGAAGAAGAAAGUCAUUUCAGCUCUCCAUUGAUGCUUUGGCUUCAGGAAGAACAGAAGCGGAAGGAAAGCAUCACAGAGAAAAAGCCCAAGAAAGGACUUGUGUUCGAAAUUUCAAGCGAUGACGGUUUUCAGAUCUGUGCAGAAAGUAUUGAAGAUGCCUGGAAGUCCCUCACAGACAAAGUCCAGGAAGCCCGGUCCAACGCCCGCCUGAAGCAGCUUUCCUUUGCAGGUGUGAACGGUUUGCGGAUGCUCGGGAUUCUCCACGAUGCGGUUGUGUUCCUGAUUGAGCAGCUCUCUGGUGCCAAGCACUGUAGGAAUUACAAAUUCCGCUUCCACAAACCAGAGGAGGCCAACGAACCCCCCCUGAACCCUCAUGGCUCGGCCAGGGCUGAAGUCCACCUGAGGCAAUCAGCGUUCGAUAUGUUUAACUUCCUGGCUUCUAAACACCGACAGCCCCCGGAGUACAACCCCAACGAUGAGGAGGAGGAGGAGGUUCAGCUGAAGUCAGCUCGGAGGGCCACCAGUAUGGAUCUGCCGAUGCCCAUGCGUUUCCGACACUUGAAAAAGACUUCGAAAGAGGCGGUCGGGGUCUACAGGUCUCCCAUCCACGGCCGGGGGCUGUUUUGUAAGAGAAACAUUGACGCGGGUGAGAUGGUGAUCGAGUACGCCGGCAACGUCAUCCGCUCCAUCCAGACUGACAAGCGGGAGAAGUAUUACGACAGCAAGGGCAUUGGCUGCUACAUGUUUCGGAUCGAUGACUCAGAGGUCGUGGAUGCCACCAUGCAUGGAAAUGCUGCGCGCUUCAUCAACCACUCCUGUGAGCCCAACUGCUACUCCCGGGUCAUCAACAUCGACGGGCAGAAGCACAUCGUCAUCUUCGCCAUGCGCAAGAUCUACCGCGGGGAGGAGCUCACCUACGACUACAAGUUCCCCAUCGAGGAUGCCAGCAACAAGCUGCCCUGCAACUGCGGCGCCAAGAAAUGCCGGAAGUUCCUGAACUGAAGCUGCUGCUCCCCCCGAGUGGAGUCCUCGGGCCCGGAGCCACGCACAGUGACACCGAAGGCCUCUGCCGGGAGCCGGGAGCUCCGGGACACCGAGCGGGCACGGUGGAGGAGGGGC